AUGGCGCAGAAAAACUACCUCGAGUGCUCACCGCGCAGACGCCCCUUCGAAGCAAGCACCGGCCAGCGCUACGCCGGGCAAGUCCCUACCCCCGAGGACCUUGAGCAGCCUGGUGUUCGCCGUCGCCACAUCACAGAUUUCAUCGCCUUCAUGCGACCCGAGAUCAGCCACAUCAUCACCGAGUAUGGCAGAGCGGCUAUCAAGAGAGUGUGUCAGGAGCUUUACGCGACUGGUGUGCGAGCGACGCCGUCGCCUUGGUUUGGGCUGAUGUGCGAGCGCAUCAUGUGGAAGAUGUGCUUUGAUCCGCUUGGCGAUGAUGCCCCGGAGUGGCCUUGGGCGCAUGUCAAGUAUCCCUCUGUCCUUGCGCAAGGCGAAGAACCGAACGGCAUAUAUGAGAGAUACUGCCAGUCACGAAUGGUGCAAGAUGAGGGGAUUGCACGAAUGAAUGCACAACUCAAAGCGCAAGCCGACGCAGCAGCUGCAGCCCGCGCCGCCGAUCCCAACAGCAAAUUCAUCGUCACUUCACCAGCUCCCCUUCAAAACAUCGGCGAACCGCUUAUCGUUGACACCGACUUUGACAUACGAAACGCUCUCUGGAAUCUCACCAUCAGCAAGCCUUUCAACGAAUGCAACGCGGCCGGUCCUUUCGAAGUUGAACCCAAGGUUCCGCUGGAGUGGUACGUGUCUAAAGACCUGGCGGCCAUCAAAGAGCUUCUUCCGCCUUGCAUCGUUGUCAAGAUGAACGCUACGAAGAAGAGGGUCUUUGUGACUAUUGUGGAAUCUGCGCAAGUCAACCCCGUGGUACCUGUACGAGAGAUUCUGCUUGAAGUUUGGGGGGUUGUGCAGUCGUGGGCGGCGAUGGUCAAAGGAUGGGGAGAGGGUCAGAUGAACAGUCUGCUUCAGUACGUUCUGGGAGUCCAGCAGCGUGGUGGACUUGUGUGGAACAAACAAGCUCCAUUGCCAGUUCAGUAG